AUGCAUCGACUUUUUGCUGAGCUGGAGCCAUCUGUAACCGUCACCGAGCAAAACCUGGCAGACCGAGUUCGGUAUAUCUUGCGCUCAAAUACAUUUGAUGUCACCGAACUCGAACGGCUACGACGUGAGGCUGUUCCUUCAUCGGGUGAAAAUGCUGCGGCUGAGGAUGCGGCGCCACAACUUGCUGAGCAAACGGCAAAUGUGGAUGCCGCCGUGAAUACGCCAGUUGUGGUUGAUUCAAACGAUGAUGGAACAGUCGCCCAGGAACUGGAACUAGAGCAAAUGAGUAGUACAUUGGAAGAGGCGAUUGUGGAAACGCGCAGUACGACUCUCGAAAAUCGACCGCGACUUCCCCGCUUAGCCCUAAGCAAGCGGAAUCGGGCUGUCGUGAGGGCUCUGAACCCAAUGCUGGUUACCUAUUUGGAAGCCAGCCGGGACCUUUGCGAUACGGACUCAAUUCUUUUUGGCGCUGCACUGGCAGUCUGCCGUAUUAUAGGUGCCAAACUUUCCACGGCUGGACGCGCUACUGGACAAAGUAGUGCUAUCCCAGCCUGGAGAAUAAGAAUUGAAGAACGUAUCGCAAAGGCUAGGGCCCUCAUCGGCAGACUGAUAUGCUUCAGGUCAGGCAAUACCAGACCAAGGAUUGUGCGCACCGUCAGGAUGGCGUUUGCUGGGACAAAUGUUAGUUUGUCCCAGCCGGAUAUAAUGCAAAAACUGACGGAGCGCAUAGACGACCUGAAGCAAAGAAUAGCAGCUUGGGCAAAGCGGAUUCGGCGAUAUACCGAGAGGUCGACACGGUUCAACCAGAAUCGUCUCUUCCAGAGUGAUCAGAAGAGGCUCUAUAAAUCAUUGGAGCGACCAAUAGUAAGUGGAACGGGCCCUGCACCAAAUCAGGCCGACAUGGUCGCAUUCUGGCGCAGCCUGUGGUCAGAGCCCGUAAACCACAGCGAGGGCCCUUGGACGGAAGUUGUGGCGAGUCAGUGUGCGAGUAUUACGCCCAUGGACCCCGUCAUCAUAACGCCGGAUGACGUAGCUGAGGCGGUCCGUAGGGCCCCGAACUGGAAAAGUCCAGGGCUUGACGGGCUGCAUCACUACUGGCUGAAGGGGUUCAUGAAAUCUCACUUUUUAUCAACUAUUGCUGAAAAGAUUUUAGCUGACUUCAAAAAAAAGGAUUUUAGUUCUAGUGCCAUGUUUUAG